GAGCUGCCGGGGAGCACUGUCGGGGCUGCCUGGCGCCCCUGCAAGCGGCGCCCCGUCCCCUGCCACCGGGCAGGGCUCGCUGGUGCCCACGGACAGGGAUCAGCACGCCUCUCAAGCGGCUGAGAGAGACGCUGAGUCAGGACGAGGAAAGGCCGGCUAGUCAGCAGUCUUGUAGAAUCACCUAGGAAGAGAAAUUCUAAAGCAGUUAAGAAGAAAGCAUUUCAAUUUGGGACACUUAUUUGCAGCUGGAAAUGGGGAAUGGACUAUCAGACCAGACUUCUAUCCUGUCCAGCCUGCCUUCAUUUCAGUCCUUCCACAUUGUUAUUCUGGGUUUGGACUGUGCUGGAAAGACAACUGUCUUAUACAGGCUGCAGUUCAAUGAAUUUGUGAAUACCGUACCUACCAAAGGAUUUAACACUGAGAAAAUUAAGGUAACCUUGGGAAAUUCAAAAACAGUCACUUUUCACUUCUGGGAUGUAGGUGGUCAGGAGAAGUUAAGGCCACUGUGGAAGUCAUAUACCAGAUGCACAGAUGGCAUUGUGUUUGUUGUGGACUCUGUGGAUGUCGAAAGGAUGGAAGAAGCCAAAACUGAACUUCAUAAAAUAACUAGGAUAUCAGAAAAUCAAGGAGUUCCUGUACUUAUAGUUGCUAACAAACAAGACCUCAGGAACUCAUUGUCUCUCUCAGAAAUUGAGAAAUUGUUAGCAAUGGGUGAACUGAGCUCAUCAACCCCGUGGCAUUUGCAGCCUUCCUGUGCAAUCAUAGGAGAUGGACUAAAAGAAGGACUUGAGAAACUACAUGAUAUGAUAAUUAAAAGAAGAAAAAUGUUGCGGCAACAGAAAAAGAAAAGAUGAAUAUUGAUACCUUUUAUAUCUGUGUGGAGUAGGGUUUCACUGGUCUGAUUUUGACAAACGGAAGAGUUUCUGCAGCCUGGUUUGCCUCUCUGUCCUUCUGGAUGCUAUUAAAGCUUUGUUUUGUUGAAUAAUCAGAUACCCAACUCUGUUGCCUUGUAGAAGAUGAGUAAAUGCAAUGCUUCUAAAGUGGUCUCUUCUCCCCACCCCACAAAUCUUUUGGUACUACUGUUUUGGAAACCAAGCAAGGAUAGUAAAUUGACCAGAAAACACUUGUGGCAAUUUGACCUGCAGUUAGUGAAAUAAAACUUUGAA